UAUACAACAUUGACAGCUAUGGCAUGUUGGCAGCUCUGCGACUGCUCGAACGAGCAGCACUGCUCGAAACAGGAAGGGAGCGAAUGAAAUGUCAUGCAUACAAGGAACUGAAUAAAGAAAACGCGUGUAACAUUUGUACUGCAUCAAAAAUACAAUAAUUUGGCGACGAGAAAAGGGAAUUAUACGUUUUCAGUUACUUAAACAGUUCCCUACGUUGGUGAGAAGGAGCAUUUACCGUUAUUACUUCUAUCGGUGCUACGAAUACGGUGAAUUUUGAUGCUGUUGGCGGUACUACGUCUGGCGUUGCUACUGCUGCCGGAGCGUCAGCUGGAUUGAUUACGGGACGAGCUGCUACCAUUUUUUUGCUACUACCGGAGAUACUACUGCUGCUCCUACUACUCUUACUGUUGCUGUGACUGCUACUGCUUGUAUAUCGAUGCAACCACAAACCGUGGCGAGCGCUGGAUCUUCCACACCUACUGCUUCUUCUUCUUCCGGUACCAACGCAAAAAUGGCUAAUAUGUGUGUGUUCGAGCCUUUCAACCCCGUGUCAUCAUCGUUCGAUAGAUGGAUGGAACGGCUAAAAAUUUGGUUUAGAAUCAACCAAAUUGGAGAUGGCGAUAAAAAGGACUACCUUCUACAUUACAUGGGCGGCCCUACGUACGACGUAUUAUGCAACAAGCUGCAAAACGCCGAUCCCUACACGAAGUCAUUCGACAAAAUCGUUGCACUCCUGAGAAAUCACUUCAACCCUGCACCGCUAGAAAUCCUAGAAAACUUCAAGUUUACUAGCCGUAAGCAAUUGGAGAACGAAUCAUUGAGCGAAUACUUAAUGGAGUUAGAGAAGCUGGCUAAAAGCUGCAAUUUUGAUUCGAACUUAGACAAAGCGCUGAGAAAUCAAUUUGUCUUUGGCAUUCGGAAUCGUGGAAUACAGUCACGAUUGCUGGAAGUACGCGAUCUUACACUAUCCAAAGCCAAGGACAUUGCGUUUGGAAUGGAAAUGUCAUUGCGUGGGACCGAGGAAAUGCAUGGAACCAGCCCGAAAUGUGAAGUGCAACAAGUUACGGCCAAUACAAAGAAAAUAUCAUCGACAAACAACGGUCAACAGCGAAAGUGCUACAGAUGCGGCGAUACAAAUCACAUGGCUAAUAGAUGCCAGCACAAGCAAACGGUUUGCAGCGCUUGUGGGAAAAGAGGACAUCUACAAAAAGUGUGUUUGUCUCGCCACAACAACAGGCGUCAGGAGAACACACAUUAUUUGGAGGAAAACGACCCAAAGGAUGUUCUUCAUGUGAGCACGGUCCAGAAUCAUGCUGGUGAUCCAGUCGUCGACAUCUACUGAGUGUGCCACCUUUGAGGGGACUUCCGGUUCGUCAGGCUUGACAGCGGAUUCUGGACUUCGUCGAUCAACAAGAACCAUCAAACCUCCUCAACGAUUGGAUCUGUAGCAGAGCGGAAGUAGGUGCUUUAUUUCCGGGGGAAGAGCUGUUAUAUACAACAUUGACAGCUAUGGCAUGUUGGCAGCUCUGCGACUGCUCGAACGAGCAGCACUGCUCGAAACAGGAAGGGAACGAAUGAAAUGUCAUGCAUACAAGGAACUGAAUAAAGAAAACGCGUGUAACAUUUGUACUGCAUCAAAAAUACAAUAUAACGUACCAUUGAGAGACCGUAAGAAGCGCGCGAAAGAAUGAGUUCUACCUGGCGGGGUCGAACGUUCCCUUUUGUAUGAGGAGAAAUCCGCGAGGUUUUGCGCUGCGGAUUUGGAACGAAUGUUGUUUUCAAUGUAACGUUUUGCUUUAAAUUUUGCUUUAAAUGAUUGAAGUGAAUUGAACUUAGAGGUAUGUAACAUUUUGAAAAUG